GCCUUACAACUAUACAACACCUGUGUUUAACUAUAGGAACACCUUCAGAUUAAAUAGAACCCAAGACAUCACAUCAAUUAUCACACACACGUCUUUACACAUCUGUUAAAUAUUAUACCGCUGUGCAAACUUGUAAUAACCGGAAUAAUCGUGUCCAACCCCUACACGUGUGCAACCUACAUGUCAAAUAUAUGGACAAAGCACCCAAUGCUUGCAAAUGGCGGCUCUAUAUCAUAUAUGAAUAGAAACAUAACUUCGACACUCGGUAUAUAAGGAACCCACAUCAAAAAUCACUUCAACAUUUUCCUCCAAGAAAAUUUCUUCAGUUUUUGAGAAAAAUAACGAGGACAUGCAUCGUGUGAUAUUAGCGCUGCUACUCUUAGUUGGGUUGGCCGCAUCAGCCCCACUGGCAGAGAAAAAAAGCGACGGAGUUCAAGAUGAAGUUCAAAAGAAAUGGUCAAAUAAGGAUUUGUUUCCUGGCUUGCCAAUCGCUUCUCCGUUCGACCAUCCAUUACUGAAACACCCAUUUUACUACGGUGGUGGGCAAGCACAAGGCCAGGGACAAGCACAAGGUAACGGUGGACAAGCACAACACCAGGGUCAAACACAAGGCCACGGUGGACAAGCACAACACCAGGGACAAGCACAAGGUAACGGUGGACAAGCACAACACCAGGGACAAGCACAAGGUAACGGUGGACAAGCACAACACCAGGGACAAGCACAACACCAGGGACAAGCACAAGGUCAUGGUGGACAAGCACAACACCAGGGACAAGCACAAGGUAACGGUGGACAAGCACAACACCAGGGACAAGCACAAGGUAACGGUGGACAAGCACAAGGUAACGGUGGACAAGCACAGCACCAGGGACAAGCACAACACCAGGGACAAGCACAACACCAGGGACAAGCACAAGGUAACGGUGGACAAGCACAACACCAGGGACAAGCACAUGGUAACGGUGGACAGGCACAACACCAGGGACAAGCACAAGGUAACGGUGGACAAACACAACACCAGGGACAAGUUCAACGCAUCUUGGGUAACCAUGUAUCAGUUUAUCCAUAUUUCCCAAAUCCGAAGCUAGGGGCAUUCGGUGGCCAGAAACAGUCUCAGGUUCAAUCCCAGGUAAACAAGCGUUUCUUUGGUUUCCAACACCAGGCACAAAUGCAACACGGUGGCGGCGGUGGAAUGCAAGCCCAAACCCAAGUACAAGCCGGACAUGGCGGCGGCGGAGGAUUCCAACACCAAUCCCAGGUGCAAGUUCAACACGGAGGUUAUGGAGGUUUCCAGUCUCAACACCAAAGCCAGGGGCAAUCUGGUUACGGUGGGGCCCAGUCUCAACACCAAAUGCAAGGACAGGGACACAGUGGCGGCUUCCAGUUUCAAGCACAACACCAAGGAUCUUGGUACAAACGCAGUGGCGAUGAAUCGGAGGUCGAGAAGCGAGGUUUACAAUUUCAAGCUCAACGACAGAGGGGGAGAUAUGGUAAGCAGUCCCAGGCCCAAAUGCAAGGACAAUCUGGCCGGGGUGGAGGCCAAUUUCAGGCACAGAGCCAAAAGCAGAACGGUGGGUACAGUAAGCAGUCUCAACACCAAAUGCAAGGACAGUCUGGCCGGGGUGGUCGCCAAUUUCAGGCACAAAGCCAAAAGCAAAACGGCGGGUACGGUAAGCAGUCCCAGGCCCAAAUGCAAGGACAAUCUGGCCGGGGUGGUCGCCAAUUUCAAGCACAAAGCCAAAAGCAGAACGGUGGGUACAGUAAGCAGUCUCAACACCAAAUGCAAGGACAGUCUGGCCGGGGUGGUCGCCAAUUUCAGGCACAAAGCCAAAAGCAAAACGGCGGGUACGGUAAGCAGUCCCAGGCCCAAAUGCAAGGACAAUCUGGCCGGGGUGGUCGCCAAUUUCAAGCACAAAGCCAAAAGCAGAACGGUGGGUACCGUGGGGCCCAGUCUCAACACCAAAUGCAAGGACAGGGACACAGUGGCGGCUUUCAGUUUCAAGCACAACACCAAGGAUCUUGGUACAAACGCAGUGGCGAUGAAUCGGAGGUCGAAAAGCGAGCUUUACAAUUCCAAGCCCAGCGACAGAAGAACAGAGGGCUAUUCGGUAAGAGCAGACAGUCCCAGGCCCAAUUCCAAAUCGGUAAAGGUGGGGCUCAUGUUCAAGCACAACACCAGGAGCAACACGGGAGUGGAAAACAAUCUCAAUCACAAGUUCAGUUUGGGUUAGGCAAGGGGGGUCUGCAUUUUGGAGCCCAACACCAGAAACAAUACGGAAAAUAAAUCUCAAAGGAUUUCAACACUGGCCUGAUACGAUGAUGACGUCACAAUCUCUUUUAUAUUUUUAUUAUUGCAUCAAAUUCUCGUAUUUUGCUAUUGUUCGUUAACACUGAUGUACUGCUUACGUAAUUUAAACAGUUUUUAAAUAUUUUCGCGGGGUUUAACGAAUUAUUAAUGCUUUAUUUUAAAAGUAAUUUUUCGUGUUGAUGAAAUAUAAACAUAGCAAAUACGACAAAAUGAUUUGUACUGACUGAGAUAAGGUGCAAACUUCGAGAAAUCGGUGAAAUACUUUUUUGAAAUCAAAUGCAAGUACUGGGCGUUAAUGUAUCGUACCGAUGCUGAUUUAGAUUAUAACCAAAGUUCGUAUAUAAACAUA